AUGCUUCCAGAACUGACAUUUAACAUCGACCACGGAUACCUAGAAGGCCUCCUCAGGGGUUUUAAGUCUGGCAUCCUCAAACAGGCGGAUUAUCUCAAUCUUAUUCAGUGUGAAACUCUGGAUGAUUUGAAACUGCACUUGCAGUCCACAGACUAUGGCAAUUUCCUGGCCAAUGAGCCCAGCCCUCUGACGGUCUCUGUGAUUGAUGACAAGCUGCGGGAGAAGCUUGUGGUGGAGGUGGAACAUAUGCGGAUACACGCACUACAGCCUCUCGCAGGAUUCCUGGAUUAUAUCAAGUACAGUUACAUGAUUGACAAUGUUAUACUGCUGAUUACUGGGACCUUACAUGGUCGACCCAUACACGAACUGUUGCCUAAAUGCCACCCAUUGGGCACAUUUGACCAGUUGGCUGCAAUCAAUCUAGCCAACACUUCCAUCAUGUUAUACAAUGCAGUUUUGGUCGACACACCUUUAGCUCCAUACAUCAAGGACUGCAUCUCUGCUGAAGAUCUGGAUGAGAUGAAUGUGGAAAUUAUCAGGAACACACUGUACAAGUCGUACCUAGAAGAUUUCUACAACUUCUGCAAGAAGCUAGGGGGCGCUACAGCAGACGUUAUGUGUGAGGCACUAGCAUUUGACGCUGAUCGGAGAUCAUUCAUCAUCACUAUCAACUCAUUUGGCACAGAGCUAAGCAAAGAGGACAGGAUCAAGUUGUACCCUCGUUGUGGUAACCUGUACCCUAGUGGCCUCAAGUUGCUAGGUGAAUGUGACGACUACGACCAGGUCCGGGCUGUGGCAGAGUACUACCCCCAAUACAAGGAGCUGUUUGACAACUCUGGCUCUAACCCUGGGGAUAAAACAUUGGAGGACAAAUUCUUUGAGUAUGAGGUUCAUCUCAUGAAGAAGGCUUUCAUGCAGCAGUUCCAGUUUGGAGUCUUCUAUGCGUACGUUCGUCUCAAGGAACAAGAAAUCCGAAACAUCAUCUGGAUCGCUGAAUGCGUGGCUCAGCGACACCGAGCCAAGAUCGACAGCUACAUUCCAAUAUUUUAG